ACAUACAUACAACUAAAUGAUGAGCAUUCAGCAGCCAGCAGGCUCUAUAUAUUAGGGUUCUCUCCCCUUGUUCCGGCCGCUUGUCAAUUAUUUUUCUUCUUAAUUGCUUCAUCAACAGAUCUUAGAAUUAAGCAGCUGGUAGCCAUGAGCAGAGGUGGGAGCUUUGGCGGCGGGCAAAGUUCGUUGGGCUACCUCUUUGGCUCCGAUGAGAAACCAAGCGCAGCUCCUCCACCAAGAACAGUCAACCCUCCUCCAUAUGGUGUCGACACCAUCACAGAUCAGAAGCCUCCUUCAGAGAAAGAUAAAGUUUCAAACAACUACCACCGAGCUGAAGGCCAAAAUUCGGGAAACUUCAUAACUGAUCGUCCAUCAACAAAAGUCAAAUCCGUACCAGGUGGAGAUUCAUCUCUCGGUUACUUGUUUGGAGAUAAGUAAGUAAUUAAUUACAUUUCUUUCUCCAAACUCUAGCUCUAAUAUGUGAUUUGGUGUAGCUUUUAUGUGGGUUUUGAAUACUUUGUAAAAUAAGGGAUUAAGUUCCCAUAAGGGUUGGAUUUGCAAGGGUUUCUUCAAA